UAAAAAUAAAAUAAUAAUUUUUAAAAGUGCUCAUGUCGAUCGAUAUAAGAGAAUUUCCAUUUUUAAUUCAAUAGAAAUUAAGAAAUAUAUAUAUAUAUAUAUAUAACAACAAUAUAUAUAUAAAAUAUAUAUAUUUGUUUUUAAAUUAUAUAUAUUAUAUUUAGAAAUUUCAUUUUAACUUCACUUGUGUGCAUUCAUGAGCCAUGAUCAUGUAUGCAAUGAUGUGAAGUAUUUACAUGAAUAACAUUCAGUUUGUACAUAAUAAUUAAUAUGUCGCCUGUGUAUGUCGCUUUCAUAUUUAUAAUUUCUAAUAAGCAAUAUUUUUAAAAUAAUCGUUUAAAUGAUAUAUAAUCAAUUCAAAUAUAGAAAUAACAUAAAAAUGAAAAAUUUUAUUUAUUUUUUUUGUUUUUCAUUUUUUAUCGAUCAAAUAUAUAAUUUUGGAAUUGUUUGAAAUCUUUUUUUCUUCAUGCUGGCCUAUUCUGGAUACAACUGAUGAGAAUAAAUUUGGCAACAGUGUACAUCGAUAUAAUUAAUUAACUUGAUGAACAAGAAGAAAAAGUGAAAUAAUUAUAAUUCAAUAUAAUAAUGUGAACAACAAUGUAAUUUUGUUUACAAAAUAGUUUAAAUUUAUUAAUACUAAUAUUUAUUUAAAUUGAUGUAAAUAUUUUAAAUAUAAAUAUUUAAAACUACAAUCUCAUACAAACUUGAAAUUUCUAUACUUCGCUUCUUUACUUAAUUUUUAACAUUCUAUAACUUUUAUUUAUUAAAUUUAAUUAUUAAGAAGAUUAUGUAUAUUUAGACUAAUUAAAAAGAUAUUAGUUAUAUCUUUUUAUUUACUGCAAUAUUAAAAUAAAGUUUCGAGUAUAUAUUAGAGUAAAUAUUAGAGUAAAUAUUAAAAUAAAGUAGAAUACGAUUCAAAUGAAAGCGAUGUUGCCAUAUUCAACAUCAUAAAUUAUAUUUAAAGCUGCGGUAAAUUUUAAGGAAGAAUAUAGUUAUAAGAAUUAUAUUUGAAAAAUAUGGCAGAUCGUUUAACACAAUUGCAAGAUACUAUAAAUCAGCAAGCAGAACAUUUUUGUAACAGUGUGGGUAUUUUACAACAAUAUUCAAUACCUAGUAAAUUUGUUGAUCGUGUUGGAACUCCACAGCCACAUCAACCUCAAGAAGAUUAUGCAGCUUUGUUUGCAACACUUAUAGCAAGAUGUGCAAAAGAUAUUGAUACUUUAAUAGAAAGUUUGCCAAGUGAAGAAUCAUCACAAGAAUUACAAGUUGCAAGUCUUAGUCGACUUGAACAAGAAAAUCAAGAAGCUGGUGAACAGCUAGAAGAAGUUGUAAAACAAGGAGAAGCUCUUUUACAAAGGAUUCAAGCUGCUCUGCAAGAUAUUGCUCAAAGUCAAUUAGAUAUGCAAGAUCCAGCAUCCACAUCUAAUAUUAAUCUUAAUACUAAUUCUACUUUUAAACAAGAAAAUGUAAACUCUGUAAAUACUUCAAAUAAUACGCAUCAAUUGUCAGACCCUAUACCUAAUUCUGUAAAUCAAUGAUAUAUUUCUAAUAUAAUAUUAAAAAAAUUAAUUUCAUUAAUGAUAUAUAUUAUAUCAAAAUAUUAAAAUGAUAAACAAAUUUUAAAAAAUAUUUUAUAUUUGUAGAAUAAAUAGUAAAAUAUUAGUUAUAUAGAAAUGUAUUUAAUAAUUUUCUUUAACGUGAUUAUAUCUAUAAUUACAUUAAAUAUAAAAGUUAAAAUGAUAA